GUAGUAGAAGUGGACAGAAGAGAAAGCUGAGAGCCGCUGAGCUCCUACCAACGCGUCCUGUUUGUGUACACACUGUAGUGUACUAGCUUAUUAAAUAUCAAACUCCUGAAAUAUUACUCGAAGAGGUAUAAAUCAUCCGGAAUGGAUCCAUUUACGGAGAAAUUGCUGCAACGGACGAGGGCUCGCAGAGAAAACCUACAGAAGAAAAUUGCAGAGAGACCAAAUGCAGCAAACAGACAAAUGGUGAAAAGGCCACUGACAGACACCAACAGUGUGAUCACUGAGCCAGUCACUGAUAAAGUUCCACAGACGUCAUCCAAGCCAUCUCCUUCCAAGCGCAAGUGUUCAGAGGAAAACAUCCAGCCUGCAGCUGGUGAGGAGAACAAGGAGCCACUGGUGCCACGGGCUGUGACCCCUGUCCUCCAGGAUCCUCUCACAGACAAGAAACCCCCAGUGAUCCCUGCCAGCAUUAGAUCUACCCCCUCCCUAGAGAAGACCACAACCCAACCUGUGGUCCAGCCUCAGCUAGAGCAGCCAAAAUGUGUAGAGCCAGAGCCUGAGAAGAAGUCUUGGACCACUGCUGCUGAACCCAUGAGCAGCAGAGAAGUGGAGAUGGUGUCUGUCAGUUCAGUGUUGCAGAGUAGCAAGGAGGACAAGGUGCAAGAUUGUGCUCCAUCUGAGACUGGCAUGAGGUCACGUCUACAGAGGCUAGCAAACCAGAGAAAGUGCUGGGAUGGCCCCUCUGAUGCAACUCCAGACUGCACUCCCCUGUCUGUGUUGAGGAGACAAGCUGAUGUCCCAUCAGCGCCUGCCCCCUCCGUGUCUUCGGGAACUCCACUCGGGAGGAAAGGCAGACUGGCCAACCUCGCAGCCACCAUUGGAUCAUGGGAGGAUGACAUGAGCCAUGCUAACAUUCCCAAAGAGAAUCCGCAAAACAAACCUCCUGCAGCCUCUGUUUCCAAGUUUGCCAGUAGAGAUGUCAGUGUGGCUGCUAGCACCAAACCUGCUGACCAUGUAGUGGUCAAAGCCACAACCAGCUCUAAUCAGUCGGUGAACUCUCCAGUAAAGGCUAGUCAAGUGAUUCCCCCCAGCCCUCAGAAGUCUGAUGUACCUGCCGUCACUCCAUCACUUCAGACAAUAGGAAGUCCCCAGAAGAGCUCUAACCAGGAACAGUCUUAUACGUCCAGUCCACAGAAAGCACUCUCAAAACCAGUUUCUCAAAGCCCCCUGAAGAAUCAGGUCCUUUCCAAAGGUCUGGGACUGACCUCCAGUCCUCAAAAGCCAGAAAUCCGUGCCAAGCCUGUAGUUACUCCCUCUUCCAGCCACCAGGAAAAGGCAACUCCUGGAGCCCCUGGUGUAAAGUCUUUCCUGGAGCGCUUUGGGGAGAGAUGCCAGGAGCGUACAAACCUGAGUUCCCCAGCAGGGGGCACUGUCCAAGCCAAGACUCCCACUGUAACUCCAUCAGUCACCCCAAACACUAGACUGGUACAGGAGAAGCUCCGAGCUGCUCAGGAUGCAAAGACAACCACCGCUGAUCUCACCCAAAGACAGAAGCUGGAGCGUGAGUCUGAGCUGGCUCAGAUUCGCAGUCGUUUCCAGAAGGGGAACAACAUGUGGAAAAACAAAGACAGUGAAGCAGAGGCGAAGACAAUCACAGAUGCCAAGGAACCAUCUAAACCAAUUAAUAAACCUGUGGAGAAUGAAGCAGCCCCUUAUCGGUCAUAUGGUGAACCCACUGCCCCCUCAAUGGAGACAGCCAAGACCCCCACCAAGUGUAUUCCUCCAGCAGGUUCCGGGUUGGUGAUCUCCCCCCCAGCCUCAACAUCCAGCCCUCUGAGGUCACAGAAGGUCACAGAGGAGAAAGCAUCUGAUGAAACCUCAGAAAAGGAGGAGGUCAAAGAAGUGGAGAUGAACGUGGACCAGUCCAUCAACUCUGCAGUCAUCAAUGAGCUGUUCGAUGGUGUCCUGGAAGAAAGUGAAGACCAGAAUGAUGAGGAAGAUGAAGACGAGGAGGAAGAUGCUUUGAAUAUCUCUUCCAUGUCCCUUCUCACUCCACUGGCAGAGACUGUGGCUGCUGUGGUGAAGAGCCCAGAGAGGAGAAUGAUGACAUCAACUCCAGCCAGCUCAUUCAUUGUGAAGAACACUCAUGAGAAACCUAGCAGUUAUCAGAAAACAAAUAUGCCACGGACGGCCUCCUCAGACAGUUUGGACACCUUAGACGAGGACCAUAAAUUACCUUAUAGCAUCGACGCCUACAGGUCCACCAGGGUGAAGGAGACCGAGAGGCCCAGUGUGAAGCAGGUGAUUGUGAGAAAAGAGGACGUGGCCCACAGAGCAGAAGAACCCAGAGGCUCCAGUCUCUUCAGCAUCAAACAGAAAAUGAAGAUUUUGACCAAUGAGAUGAACCUGCAGCAGACAGUGAUCCACCAGGCCAGCCAGGCACUCAACUGCUGUACAGAUGAAGAACACGGCAAAGGGUCACAGGUGGAAGCUGAGGCAGAGAGGCUGCUGCUGGUGGCAACGGAGAGGAGGGAGGCGCUGAGGGCUGAGCUGGACCGUCUGAAAGGAGACCCGGCCGGUCCAUCGGGACAGAAAAAAGCCCCUACAGCUCCAGAGCAAAUGGGCAUCUCUGCUUCCAGAGGCUCCAUCACACUGCAGGAAUUACGUCUGCCACUCAAGGCAGACUUUGUUUGCUCUACUGCCAACAAGCCAGAGGCAACCAAACACUCAUUCUUCAUCAUGAUUCGGGCUGGAGCAGAGAAUACUGUGGCCACCCCACUGGCCAGCACACACCGUGGCCUCAGUGGAGACACACUCACCUACCCGACCAGGUUCACCAUAUCUGAUGUCACCAGUGAUUUUGAAAUUGAUAUUGAGGUGUAUUGUCUGGUGCAGAAGCGUGAUAUCUGCAAUGACAAGAAGAAGAAACUCAACAAAACAAAGGCUAUCACUCCAAAGAGAUUCCUUGCAAUUACAAAAAGUGGACAAACACCAGUCGUGGCCAGUCCUGGAGGCCCCAACGCUGUUCGCACCAGUAACUUCGUCCUGGUUGGAUCACACAAACUCUCCCUCUCAUCCAUUGGGAAAAACAAGUUUCAGUUGGGGAAGAUCAAAUAUGAAGGAAGUGAAAGCGAGCUACUCAGUGGCAUGUUUCUCCACAAGGUGCCGUUCUUAUGCCCUCUGGAGGGCCACAUUUACCUCAAGAUGAAGUGUGAGGUUGGAUCCAAGGUGGAGGAGAGGGGCUUCCUGACAAUGUUUGAAGACGUGAGUGGAUUUGGAGCCUGGCAUCGGAGGUGGUGUGUUCUGUCAGGAUACUGCAUCUCCUACUGGACGUAUCCCGAUGAUGAAAAGCGGAAGAAUCCCAUCGGUCGCCUGAACUUGGCCAACUGCACCAGUAGGAAGGUGGAACCGGCCAACAGAGAGUUUUGUGCCCGACCGAACACCUUCGAGCUCAUCACAGUCAGACCACAGAGGGAGGACGACAAAGAGACACUGGUCAGUCAGUGCAAGAACACCAUGUGUGUCACCAAAAACUGGCUGAGUGCCGACACUAAGGACGAGAGGAAUUUGUGGAUGAAGAAACUGAACCAGAUUCUAAUGGAUCUGAGGAUGUGGCAACCAGAUGCCUGCUACCAGCCGCUGUAAAAUCACUGCACUGUCACUGUCUAUAUUAGCAACACAUGCAAUUACUAAGUGCAAUAAAGAAUGAGAGUUGUUUAAUUUUUUUUUUUUUUCUUAUGGAUAUUUUACAGGAGGUAAAUAAUCACUCACAUCACUUAUAGAUGUGAGGAAAAGUAAAUAAAGCCAUAGAGUUGAAACAUUUCAGUAUUAUUUGCAGGCCUGGACACACAUCACCAUCCAUUCAAAGCCUUUUGUUUUAUACAUUUCUGUGCAGGUUUGAUGGUAAUAAUGUUAGGUGUUGUUUAGGUGCCACCAUUUUUAUGUAAAUUCUGAAUUUAAGCGUGUUUGUCACAUAAUGCAUGGCUUUAAAUGAAUAAAAGCUAAAGUGUAGAAAAUGUGAUAAAAUCUGAAUCACAACAGUUACAUUUUUUUUUCACAAGAUGGCACAACACAUUUGAUUUUUUCUGGGGUUUUUUUUUGUUUUUUUUUUUUCAGUUUUUAUUUUAUAUAUUAGCUGUUAUAGCUUAAGGCAGGACUCUCACAUGACUUUUCUUUAUGCCAUGCUCAGCUUUUUGAUACUUUAUUCAAUUGUCAAUGUUUAUUGUUUGUUUGACUUUUUCAAUGUUGAAAAUUAUAGUUUGGCUAUCCAGGGAUAAGGUCUAACACACAGUCCAUGUUGAGUUUGACAGAGAAGAUGGAAUUAAAUGUAUGUCAGAUCAGUUUUGAGCAUAUUUGUGGUACUUCCUCCAGACAAAUGCUCAUCUAAGCACUGUAGAUAAAAGGUUCCAGCAAAUCACCAGUGAGUGCUGAUGUGAAGUGAAAAAGGAUUGAACUGUAAAUAAGUCAAGGAAAAUGCAGGAGAAACAGGAAGUUGGUUUAGAAGGUUUAUUUAUACAAGAGGCCGAUUGUUUUUUAAAAUGUAACAAGUUUUUUCUGAUAUUCAUAUAUAUUUUGCAUUGAAGGCCUCAUGAUCACCAGCUGCGAGUGUGUAACCAGCUUAACAGUGAUGCCCGGAAAUAUGUUUUCACUUGAGAUGAAUGACAAAGCUCUUUGAACUUGUUAAGAUAAAGACAAAUUUACAAAACUCUAAGAUAUAUUGAUGUAUGUGUUGUUUCUACAUCAACAUUUACAUACAUUUGGCACAGUACGUCAGGUAUUUGUGAAACACUGAGACUAAAAUAAAUGCCUGCUUUAAC